AUGGGAAGUCCCGACUCAAGCAAGAACAUCUACAGAAACACGAACAGGAUAUUCGCCCUCGAUGAGGUGGGCAGUGAUGAGUCAGAUCUGCAGGUAGAUCUUUCUCUCUCCCUCUCGGACGACCUGCAUAGCAUCCUCGAGGAGAGAAAGCUGUACACCUUUAACGGGCACAGCGUAGAGCAUCCACGAUAUCCCGAGGGGAUGGAGGAGACGAGUCAUAUAGAUACGUGGUACUCCAAGAAGAAAAGGCGCCCGUACAGCGCCCCGUGGAACUACAUUCCCUCGCAGAAGGAGAGAUACUCCCCCGCGGACGUAUACGGGAAGAGGGAGGGAAAGAAGCAGAAGCUGUGCCUGGGAGUGAUGAAGAGCCUGGAAGUUCCCCAGGAGAAGAGCACGAUAAAUUCGAUACUGCCGCUGUACCUGAACGCUACAACGAGUUUUGACGGGCCUGCACAGAGGAUGGAGUUUAGGAAGAUCAGCAGUAACUUCCUGGAUAGGAUCCGGGGAAUCGACUACGACUCCCUCACAGUCCAGCAGCUGAAGAGUAUCAUGAAGGAGUUCGGGCUCGCAUACACGGGGAAGAAGCACGAGCUCAUCAGCAGGAUGGUGCAGACGUGCAAUAAGAUCAGGAUGAAGCAGGAGGCUGAGGAGAAGGCGCGGAGUGAGGAGAGAGAGGCGGACAGAGAAGAGGGCGAGAGAAGAGCAGGAGAGAGGGGAUCGCUUGGGUUUAUGUUUUUCUAG